UGAGUUGUAGCCCCGCCUCUUGCGGCGCUGUGCUAUGGCGGAAUUGGACAUAGGACAGCACUGCCAGGUGGAGCAUUGCCGGCAGCGAGAUUUUCUCCCAUUUGUUUGUGAUGGUUGUUCAGGAGUAUUUUGCCUUGAACACAGAAGCAGGGAGUCACACAGCUGUCGUGAGGUGACCAUAAUCAAUGAGAGACUGAAGUCGGAUAAGCCCACGUCUUACCCAUGCUCAUUCAGGGACUGUGCUGAAAGAGAGCUUGUGCCAGUUAAAUGUCCUUACUGUGAGAAGAAUUUUUGCCUGAGGCACCGUCAUCAGUCGGAUCAUGAAUGUGAAAAACUGGAAAUUCCUAAGCCUCAUAUGGCUGCCACUCAGAAACUUGUUAAAGACAUUAUUGAUUCUAAGACAGGAGGGACAGCAAGUAAACGAAGGAAAGGUGCAAAAAACAGUGAAACGGCUGCAAAGGUAGCGCUGAUGAAAUUAAAGAUGCAUGCUGAUGGAGAUAAGUCAUUACCACAGAAAGAAAGAGUUUACCUUCAGGUUUUCUUACCUAAGGGGAGCAAAGAGAAGAGCAAACCAAUGUUCUUUUGCCACCGAUGGAGCAUUGGAAAAGCCAUAGACUUUGCGGCUUCUUUAACCAGUCUUAAAAAUGACAAUAAUAAAUUAACAGCUAAGAAAUUAAGGUUAUGUCACGUUACUUCAGGAGAAGUCUUACCCUUGGAUCAUACUUUGGAAACCUGGAUCGCUAAGGAGGAUUGCCCUUUGUAUAAUGGUGGAAAUAUUAUCUUGGAAUAUCUUAAUGAUGAAGAACAGUUUUUAAAAAAUGUUGAUUCCUAUUUGGAUUAGUCAUGUAAGGAUUCAAGCCAGAAAUGAUGAGGAAAAUUCUGUUAAGUCCAUUUCUUUUACUACACAUAUCACAUAUGUUUAUUCCUAAAAGUUCCCUUUUAAUUUAUUUCCAUUAUGUCAUUUCCAUUAUCAAUUUUCAGUUAAAUUGAAUUUGAGUUUUUGUGUUUUAAGCUAUGAACUGACAUUCAAUUAUUAGCAAAUUUUUGUAUUUAACUAGCUUUUAUUAGGUUAUGGUUAGUAACAACAAAAAAGGUAUAUUUCAUUUAUUUUAAUGUCAGCUGUUGAUUGGUUGACUCUGCUGCAUAUCACCGUUACUCUAGGAUCUAAGCUGAAGGAAGGAAUGACUGCAUUUUGGAUAUUGCUACUUUUACGACAGAGGAAGAAAGAGCUGACUUUUAGAAGAUACACGUAACAUGGCUAAGCCUAGCAUCAUGAGGCCAGGAAGUAUAGCCUUAACUGUAUGUCAAUAUGUGUAAAUUGAUGUGUGUACAUGAAUCAUAGAAACUUACAAGAGUGAAUGAGAUGGUCUCCAAGUUUUUGGAUGAGGAAUCUCAGGCUUAGGAAGAGGAAAUGGUUUUCUUGGUGUCCCCUAACUGCUUUGGGGCAUAUCUCUCUGAUAAAGAUCCUCUUGCAAUAGGAUUUACCUUUAUUUAUGUAAAUGUAUUACAAAUGAGAGGAAAGGUGAGGUAGCACAACUUCAUUACAGUGUCUUUAUAUCAAUGCAAAAUACAUGCCAAAAAUAACUAUUUUUAAAAUGAUGUGUCUGAUUGGGGCGCCUACGUGGCUCAGUCAGUUAAGUGUCCAACUUUGGCUCAGGUCACCAUCUCACCAUUCAUGAAUUCGAGCUCCACGUUGGGCUCUGUGCUGACAGCCCAGAGCCUGGAGCCCGCUUCAGAUUCUGUGUCUCCCUCUCUCUCUGCCCCUCCCCUGCUCGUGCUUGCUCGCGCUCACUCUCUCGCUCUCAAAAAUAAACUUAAAAAAAUAUAUUUAAA